GCGAGUCCAGCUCAAACCAGAGAGGCAUCAGCCAGGUUCAAACAGGAGCAAGUAAACUGAACAAUUCUGCAGCAAGUACGAUAGAGAGAGACUUUCUCCCUGCAAGAGUGAAACUGUGAUUUCGCCCCGACCGUUUUAGAACACGAUUUCUGAUUCAAUUUGAGAAGUUGCAUUGCCUUUUAUUUCCAGUUUGAACUUCGGGAUUUUUAGUUUUAGUUUUGCUUUGCAGUUUGACUCUUUUUUUUUGGACUGCUCACUCUCUCAGUCUGUCCGGAAGAUGGUUACGGUACUCGGGCUGGUUUGGCUGUCGUUGUGCGGUGUGUUAGGGUCCGGACAGGUUCUGGCCGGCAGCCCGGAGGAGAGUCUCACUUACCCAGUGCGACUGGACCAUGAGGGCCGGGAGCUGGAGCUAGGAGCUGGUGCCAGUCUGGAGUUAGAGCCGGGGCAAAGGAUCUUCUACCGGCUCCACGCUUUCGGGCAGCAGUUCGUCUUGGAGCUGGAGCCCGAUCACAGUUUCCUGGCCCCGGUUGUCACUUUGCAGCGGCUGGGGGGGCCCGAUCCCGGUAAAGCCCGGGUGGAGGAGAAAGAGGAGGCAGAGCCCGACCUCCGCCGCUGCUUCUACGGCGGCACCGUCAACUCUCUGCCCGGCUCGCUAGCGGCGGUCAGCCUCUGCCACGGCAUCCAAGGCGCUUUCGUGGUGGAAGGAGCCCAGUAUCACAUCGAGCCUGUCAAUCGGACACAGCUAGGGGGCAUGCUGCCUCACUUCAUCCGCAGGACAAGCCUGGGCUCCUCGCACCGAUCAGACAGCACCAAGUGCGGAGUAAGUGAUCAAGACAUGCCCCAGACAACUGACAGCACUCAAACCCAACAGUCUGGAUCCAAGGCCACUCCACCACAACCCACUGGGCACCAAAGAGCCAAGCGGUUUGUCUCCUCGCCUCGCUAUGUGGAGACCUUGCUGGUAGCAGACAAUUCUAUGGCAGAGUUCCAUGGCAGUGGGCUCAAGCACUAUCUCCUCACUUUAAUGUCAGUGGCAGCCAAAUUGUAUAAGCAUCCAAGCAUUAAAAACUCCAUCAGCUUGGUGGUGGUGAAGAUCCUGGUUGUCUAUGAGAAGGAGAAAGGACCUGAUGUGUCUUCUAAUGCAGCUCUGACCUUGAGGAACUUCUGUACUUGGCAGAGGAAGCACAACCCAGUCAGUGACCGUAAUCCAGAACACUACGACACUGCUAUACUCUUCACCAGAACGGAUCUGUGUGGAGCCCAGACUUGUGAUACACUGGGGAUGGCUGAUGUUGGGACGAUUUGUGAUCCCAGCCGGAGCUGCUCAGUCAUUGAGGAUGAUGGUCUGCAAGCUGCUUUUACUGCAGCUCACGAAUUGGGCCACGUGUUUAACAUGCCCCAUGAUGACGCACGGCAAUGUCUUAAUACCAUUCCUCAAAAUGGGAAUUCCCACAUGAUGGCGUCGACACUCUCCAACUUGGAUAGGAACCAGCCUUGGUCUGCAUGCAGUGCAUACAUGAUCACUUCCUUCCUGGACAAUGGGCAUGGAGAAUGUCUGUUGGACAAACCCCAGAAGCCACUACAGCUUCCUGGUGAAUUGCCAGGGAACACUUACAAUGCAGAUCGCCAGUGCCAGUUCACCUUUGGGGAAGAGUCAAGGCUUUGUCCUGAUGCAGGCAACACCUGUUCAUUGCUGUGGUGCACUGGAAUGUCUGGUGGGAUGCUUAUCUGCCAAACCAAGCACUUCCCAUGGGCUGAUGGUACCAGCUGCGGAGAAGGAAAAUGGUGUAUGGAAGGAAAGUGUGUUAACCAGACAAGCAUGAAGGAAUAUAACACUCCAGUUCAUGGGAGCUGGGGCCCCUGGGGACCCUGGGGUGAGUGUUCAAGGACAUGCAGCGGAGGAGUACAGUAUUCGUUUAGGCACUGCAACAAUCCAGUUCCACAGAAUGGUGGGAAGUACUGUGAAGGAAAGAGGGUCCAAUACAAAUCAUGCAACACCAUGGACUGCCCCGCUAAUAAUGGUAAAACAUUCCGUGAAGAGCAAUGUGAGAUGCACAAUGAUGUCUCAAAGUCUGCUGCCUUUGGAGGAAUGCCCACAGUCGAAUGGAUCCCAAAAUAUGCUGGUGUCUCUCCUAAAGAUCGAUGCAAACUUAUUUGCCGAGCAAAAGGCACAGGCUACUACUUUGUGCUCCAACCCAAGGUUGCUGAUGGCACACCAUGUAGCCCAGACUCCACGUCCGUAUGCGUUCAAGGACAGUGUGUCAAGGCUGGUUGUGACAGGGUCAUUGGUUCCAACAAGAAGUUUGACAAAUGUGGCGUAUGCAGAGGCAAAGGCUUGACUUGCAAGAAAAUUGCAGGCUCAUUUGACCGUUCAAAACCUGGAUACCAAGAGGUUGUAACCAUUCCAGCUGGGGCAACAAAUAUUGACAUAAAACAGCGCAGUCUCCACGGUGCAAGACAUGAUGGCAACUAUCUGGCAUUGAAAAAAGUUGAUGGCACAUACCUCCUCAAUGGGGAAUACACUUUGUCAACGCUGGAACAGGACAUUUCAUAUCAAGGCACAAUCUUGAGAUACACUGGCUCCUCAGUGUCCCUAGAAAGAAUUCGUAGCUUUGGUGCACUCAAGGAACCCUUGAUUGUUGAAGUACUCUCAGUGGGAGAUUCUUUGCGGCCAAGAAUCAAAUUUACAUUCUUUGCAAAGAAAGAUUUACAGCAUCAGCCAACUAAACCCAACUCCAAAAAGGAGUCUUUUAAUGCCAUCAAGGAAACAGUAACGUCUGAGUGGGUAAUUGGUGAAUGGGGAGAGUGCUCCAAGACAUGUGGUCUAGGGUGGCAACGCAGAGCCGUCAAAUGUAUGGACAUCUAUGGGAGACCAGCCACUGAUUGUGUGAAAGAACUGAAGCCUGAUGACCUCCGACUGUGCGCUGACAUCCCUUGCCCAAGGUGGUUGUUAGGAGAAUGGUCAGCCUGCUCUAAGACAUGCGGGAAAGGCUUCAAGAAAAGGUCUUUGAAGUGUGUCAUGCGUGAUGGCCGGGUGCUGCCACAGGAGAGCUGCAACAUUUCAAAAAAACCAAAACAUCUGAUUGGCCUUUGUACCAUCCAAGCUUGUAGCUAAGGAAUCAACAUACAUGAAAGACAGUUCAAAUAUGUUUUUAUUCAUCCUAAAUGCACUGAAACUAAAGGGUUUCCCAAUCCAUUUGUCAUGUGAAACAUGAUAACCAUAUGACCCAAUUUCCUUUUGACAAUGAAUGUUUGUUUGAAUUUGUCUACCUACUUAUCAGUUAUGACUUUUGGAGAGGUGGACUGGGGCUAAUUGGGGAAUGCAAUGCUAGCAUUGUUUAUCCCUCAAGUUAGUAGUUGUGUCAGUUGCUACGGAUGGAUUUUUAAAACCAUGAACUCUCACUGUUGACAGUGAAAUCAGAGGUCUUCCUCAUUCUUUGAUAAGCAUGUUAGACCCUAAUUCAUGAGUGCUGAUGGUGACCACAUUCUGUUACAAGUGAAAGAACACUGGGGACUCCUUUUUUUUUCCUGCAACAAUAUAUUCUCUGAGAGGACACAAUCCCUGGAAAUUGCAAGAAGUUUAUGUUUUAAAGAUAGCAGAAUAUUCUAGAAACUAGUUAGCAGGUGGUUAGAAUACUUACACCAUUGGGUGUUCCCUCUGUGGAAUGAUAUCUAUCAUUGCCAUUGGUACGAAGAGGAAUAAGUAUCAGUUAAUUGUUGUUCCAUAAACUGGAAGCUAAUGAUUCCAGUUUUGCCCGUUACAGUUGAUUAUACCCUUCAUCCUGUGCCCCACCUCCCUUGCAAAUCAGGUGAGCCUAAAGCUCUUGGGGAAUGUGGAUGGGCAAUAAAUGCUGGCCAGCCAGUGACACCCACGUCCCACAAGUGAAUACCAAAAAAAAGUGUAAUACUGUGGUCCACACCUGCCAAUCUCUCUGUCUAUGAACAAGACUUCCAUUUUGUUUUGCAGGAUCAUCAUAAGCCCAAAUUCAGUUUCUAUUUUGCGUACACUAACUUUUCAAAACAUUGCAGACUUCUGCCUUAGUCAUUGCAUGGAACAAGGGUAUUUAGCUGGCAUUAAAUAUAACACUAAAAAAAACCAAGGGGUGGGUACAGAACCUUGGAAUAAGAGCUUUUUUUAGAAAAAAAUGCAAAUCUUGGUUCCCUUGUUAUUAUGUGUUAGAUGUUUGAAACUGGGAACCUGUUAAGGCUCCACAUUUGCCCUUACAUUCUAGGCUGCAGUGGGGUUUUAGGAAAAUCAUCUAGCAUUACCACAAAUGGUUAUUAUUUAAUGAUAUUUGCAGCAACUGCUUGUUGUGGGAACAGGAUUAGGCUCAGUGAGAUGCCCCUACUGUCAGAUGCGUGCCAAAAUGUGUGAACCUGGACGAAGAAUAAAGAAUGGCCACAAAACAAAGUAAUGGAAAACUGUCCCACAAGAAGAGCCAGUACUUUGGAAAGCAUGGUAAAAUUGGUUUGGGAAUUGUGGGUGUGAGAGGGGGAUUCCUUGUUUUAUUAUCCUGGCUACAAGGUACUGUCAAAUAAUAUCCUAAGGUCCUGACAUGCAGGUUGUUACUGGUUGUAGUUUUACCUGCUGACCAAUACAGUCCCCACCUACCUCAGUGAUGAAGGGCAAGAUUUAUCUUAUUUAAGAAAAAAAAAGCUUAAACUAUGUUAUACACAAGCUGCUAUUAAUGCAAAGCUACAGAUUUGAAAUCCGCAGAGUUACAUGAAGAAUGUAAAUAUUAAACCAGCACCAAGGCCAACAAGGUGUACUUUAUAAGUAAAAGUAUUAAAUCCCUUCUGUGAAGGACUCAGCAUUUUGUACAGAUUUCAAAUAAACUUAUUUAUUUUUGUAAAGCUUUGUAUAAUAUAAUCUUUAAGUUAUCGCUUUUUUUUAAAAAGGAACAAAGAACAUCUAACAAGAAUAGACUAUUUAUACACUAUGUGUCACUAGGAAAGAAUAAAAAUGAUUGAAUUCUCAA